AUGCCUUAUUUUUCAAGACUCAUUUUGUUCUUGUUUUGCCUGAUGGUUCUUGUGGAGAGCAGAAAGCCCAAGAAGAGGAGAUGGACAGGGCAGCUGGAAACGUCCAAGCCAAGUCACCUGUAUAAGAAGAACCUUGAUGUGACCAAAAUCCGAAAGGGAAAACCUCAGCCCCUUCUCAGAGUGGACGACCAUGAUUUCACCAUGAGGCCCGCCUUUGGAGGCCCUGCCAUCCCGGUGGGCGUGGACGUGCAGCUGGAGAGCCUGGACAGCAUCUCGGAGGUGGACAUGGACUUCACCAUGACCCUCUACCUGCGGCAUUACUGGAAGGACGAGCGGCUGGUCUUCCCCAGCACCAGCAAUAAGAGCAUGACCUUCGACGGCCGGCUGGUGAAGAAGAUCUGGGUCCCCGACGUCUUCUUUGUUCACUCCAAAAGGUCAUUCAUCCACGACACCACCACGGACAACAUCAUGCUGAGGGUGUUCCCGGAUGGGCAGGUGCUGUACAGCCUGAGGAUUACAGUCACCGCCAUGUGCAACAUGGAUUUCAGCCACUUUCCCCUGGACUCCCAGACCUGUUCUUUGGAGCUGGAAAGCUAUGCAUAUACAGAUGAAGAUCUGAUGCUGUACUGGAAGAAUGGGGACGAAUCCCUGAAAACAGAUGAGAAGAUCUCCCUGUCUCAGUUUCUGAUUCAGAAAUUCCACACCACUUCCAGACUGGCCUUCUACAGCAGCACUGGCUGGUACAACCGUCUCUACAUUAACUUCACGUUGCGUCGCCACAUCUUCUUCUUCUUGCUGCAAACCUACUUUCCCGCCACCCUGAUGGUCAUGCUGUCCUGGGUGUCCUUCUGGAUCGACCACAGAGCUGUGCCUGCCAGAGUUUCCCUGGGGAUCACCACGGUGCUGACCAUGUCCACCAUCAUCACGGGUGUGAACGCCUCCAUGCCCCGCCUGUCCUACAUCAAGGCCGUGGACAUCUACCUCUGGGUCAGCUUCGUGUUCGUGUUCCUCUCGGUGCUGGAGUACGCGGCCGUCAACUACCUGACCACCGUGCAGGAGCGGAAGCCGCAGGAGAAGGUGAGAGAAAAAUUCCCAUGCAUGUGUGGAAUGCUCCACUCAAGAACCAUGAUGCUAGGUGGAAGCUGCAGUGAGUCUGAGGGCAACAGCCUGGCCGGGUACCCGAGAAGCCAUAUUCUGACAGAAGAAGAAAGGCAAGACAAAAUAGUGGUCCACCUGGCCCUGAGCAGUGAAUCCAACUCCUCCAGGAGGAAGGGGCUUCUGAAGGGCCAGGUGGGUCUUCGCAUCUUCCAGAACACCCACGCCAUCGACAAAUACUCCCGGUUGAUAUUCCCAGCUUCCUACAUAUUUUUCAACUUAAUUUAUUGGUCAGUGUUUGCCUAG